UCUAUAGGUUUAUUUUGAAAGGGCUUGACAUAGUACGCGCGUUUCCAUGGUGACCACUCCAAACAUUAGCGGAAUUCACUCGUUUCGCGCCCUGUAAAUGAAUUCAGCGGCUUAAGGAAUAACUCUCUGCUUAAACGCGCUCUACAGGUAAAAUGUCCGUCCAGGCGGAGGCUCAGCAGGAGUUGGACCAGCUCUACACCGUGUUUGACGGCUCUUCUCCGGAGGACGUGUCCCACGCCCGGCGCCUGUGGAGCUCCCUGUCGCUCCUUCCGCCGGUGGAGUCCCGGCUGGUGUCCGCAGACAUCCGCCAGAGGCUGCCGGUGUCCCGGCCGCAGCGCAGCGGCGCCUCCGCCGCUGCCUCCGCCGCCGCCGGCGCUGCGGAGGCGCUCGCGGAGCCCGCUCUCCGGCGGAGGCAGGAGGAGAGACGGCGCUACGCGGCCAUGGGGGACCAGCGGAGGGAGAUACUGGCUCUGCUGAGGCGGCAGAGAGAGCAGAGGAUCCAGAAGGAGCUGGUGUCGGUGUCCUUCCAACCCAAGGCGAAGAAGAGCAGGGAGAAGGUUGUGAAAGCUCAGCAAUCUUCAGGCUCUGAGACGGAGAAGGAGCUGGUGAAGCAGCUGCAGUAGGAACUGGACUGAACCCACAACAGGCUCAGCGCCAUUGGUUCUUCUAGAGAGCACAGUUUUUACCAACUCAACUGGAGAAAACAUUGAAUUUGCUCAGCUUUAUCUCCAGUUGCAGACUAAAUCAUGUUUGGUAUUCUAGGAAGCAUUUCCAGCAGCAGGAUGGGAUUUAAACAGAGACAGCACCUGCCCGUGUAAGUUACUCUUAUUAAUGUAGGUGUAUCAGGAUCAGCUUUAAAGGAAGCCAGUGCUACUUAUAUAUUAUUAUUAUCUUGUAGCAGCAGCUUAAUAAUAGAAGUAAUGAAUGCCUAUCCCAUAAUCAUAAUGAGUGGAGUCAUGAAAUUUGAAGUUUAUGACGCGUAUUAUUGUUCUCUUAAAAAAUGUACAGUACAAUCUGAAAAUCAAUUUCCAUCAAACUGGAAAGUUUAAUGGAUUUUCUGACAU